CCCAGGGUUUCUCGACGGCUCACCUCACUCACGUAAGCUGUUGCCUAACCGCCUAACCCAGUAGUGAUAGCCGAUUCGGUCCAACAACCAUUUUCACAUCACUUCUCAUCAUUAUUACUCAAGUCGCCAAAUUUUAUUUCUAUGUCCCAGUUUGUUACGGACUUCAUUAAGUUUCUUGACGUAUUAAGAAACAGUGUAUGUCCUACAUCACUAGCUGCUGGGUUUAAUCUCCGGCCCGAUUUGUUCAAGGGCGAUAUGACGGAGAAGUACCAGUUGAGUGCCUCCACCGCUAACCUAAAAUACACCGACAUCCUCCCGCAUGACGCCAAUGGGAUGCCGGCGACCCGGGAGUUUCUCCUCAAGGUCGUGGAGAUCUUGAUAGAUUACAUCAAGGAGGAGAACGAUCGUAGCAGCAAGGUGCUCGACUUCCAUCACCCCGAGAAGAUGAAAACCUUGCUUGAUCUGGAUGUGCCGGACCAGGGUGUCAGUCUCCAGCAACUUGUCAAGGACUGUGCCGUCACUCUCAAGUAUCAAGUGCGGACAGGACACCCACAUUUCUUCAACCAAUUGUCUUGUGGCCUGGAUCUGGUCUCCAUGGCGGGUGAGUGGCUGACAGCCACUGCCAACACCAACAUGUUCACCUACGAGAUUGCUCCCGUGUUCAUUCUCAUGGAAACUGUAGUCAUGGAAAAGAUGAGGGAGAUUAUAGGGGAACCAUUCAAAAAUGGAGACUCUAUUCUAGCACCAGGGGGAUCUAUAUCAAAUUUAUACGCUUUCUUGGCCGCUAGACAUAGGAUGUUCCCGGGAUACAAGGAAAAGGGGUUGCACUCCAUCAAGGGACAGCUUGUGAUGUUCACUUCUGAACAGUGUCAUUACUCUGUGAAGAGCUGCGCUGCUGUAUGUGGGCUGGGAACUGACAACUGCGUAUGUGUCCCCUCUGACAGGAGGGGUCGCAUGAUAGCGUCCGAGCUAGAAAGACUCGUAAUCGAGCGCAAAUCCAAGGGCCACAUCCCGUUCUUCGUGAACUGCACGUCGGGCACCACGGUCCAGGGAGCCUUUGACCCCAUCGAGGAGAUCGCCGACAUCUGUCAGAAGUACAAGAUGUGGCUGCACAUCGAUGCUGCGUGGGGUGGAGGCCUCCUCUUCUCCAGGAAGUACAGGCAUCCGCGAUUCUCAGGCGUCGAGAGGGCGGACUCUGUGACGUGGAACCCACACAAGCUCAUGGGCACACUUUUGCAAUGCUCCACCGUCCAUUUCAAAGAAUACGGCCUACUGCUGAGUUGUAACCAGAUGAGUGCUGACUACUUGUUCAUGCAAGACAAGUUGUACGAUGUGCAGUACGACACCGGAGACAAGGUGAUCCAGUGUGGCCGACACAACGACAUUUUCAAGCUCUGGCUGCAGUGGAGAGCGAAGGGCACAGACGGAUUCGAGGCUCACAUGGACCGAUUGAUGGAACUCACCGAAUACAUGGUAAAAAGGAUCAAGAGCAUGCCGGACAAGUUUUUCCUGCUGAUGGAACCAGAAUGUGUCAACGUGUGCUUCUGGUAUGUGCCGACGCGUCUCCGGAACCAGUCCAAGAACAAUGUCUGGGAACAGGAGCUUGGAAAGAUAUGCCCAAUACUGAAAGGGCGAAUGAUGACUGCUGGAACUCUGAUGGUUGGUUAUCAACCUCUUGAUGACCGACCAAAUUUCUUCCGCAACAUUAUCUCCAGUGCUGCUGUCACGGAGUCUGACGUAGAUUUCCUCUUAGCUGAAAUGGAUCGUCUAGGCCAUGAUCUUUAAAAUGCUACGUAAGUAAAAGGAGAUGAACAUAAAAGAGAGUUAUCUGCAGUAGUUUCAUUCAUGAUAUGAUCAUCGACAACUGUUGAAGUCAUUCCCAAGUCUUCCAUGUUUAGGUGGGUUAAGGCUGUAGUGUCUUAAGUCAUGUGUUGUAAGCAUAAUGUCUAAGCUUAGCUGUUAUUCUCUUUGUAUAAGUUCAGGGGUGUUAAAACUAGAAAGAUUAUUAAAAGACCUCUUUUCUAACAAGACUUAGUUUAGCUAUUAGUCAUCGUAUGACAAACACUGACGCUUCUGAGAAAAUUUAAUCUAGUGAAAAGUCUAUUCAUGUAUCUCCAUUUUCAUGAAAAAAUACACUGUAUAUUUUUAAAUGAAUAUUGGAAGAACUAUAUGUUUUGUAAAAAAUAUAACGGCUCUUCUUGAAGAGAUUCUAUACUGUUAACAGUCUAAAAACAUUUCUGACUAUACGUUGUUGUUACAUAUUGCUUAAUAUAAUCUAUAAAAUAUUUAAAUGUGUACAAAAUAAACUGUUAUACAUAUCGAAAAUUAAAUUAAUGUUAACUAAAAGUCGUUUUAAGCGUAGUAAUUGUAAAUUACCUACAAGGAAAAGUGUAGAUUCGCAAUAAAAGCAUGACAUUGUCCCUUCAGCAUAAUGUUUAGGAGGACUAAGUUCUUGAGAAGCAGCUACUAAAUAUUGUACGUAAUUGGCAUUAACAUCAAUGAUUUACUAUUGUUUGCUACAGGAAAACAAUAUUUGUAUUAACCAAAUACCCAUGCAAUUGCCAGUUAAUGUUCUAUUCUUUAAAAAUAAAAAUUCAUUGAUGGUACUUUUUACAAGAUUUAGGCUAAAACAGAAAUUUUAAAAACUAUACAGUACUUUAUAGUAAACUGCACAAUAAGAAUAAUGAAAUGUAAAUCUUUUCCCAAAGUAGCAAGUGUAUCUACUUAUACAUGAUUUAGUGUAUGAAUUAACUAAAUUGUAAACAAUUGUUAAAACAUUUUCACAAUAUAUCCACACACACAAAAAUAUAUAUAUAUAUAUAUAUAUAUAUA